GAGAGGGUUUGAGGUGGUGAAAAGGAGGUCGUGUGCGUGUUGAGUAGCGGACUCAGAAUGGGAAAUUGGUCGUGUGCGCAGAGGAAUCGGGCAGAGGCCGACAGAAGGACUAAAUGCAAUGUUAGCAGAUAACUCGAAUGCUUGAUGUUUUGCUUUUCUGGUUGAAGCAGUUGUACGCUGCCGACCACAGUGUGCGCCCAUAUUGCUGCCGCCCUUCAGAACAUGUAGCUUACGUGAAUGAUGUCGGUGCACCAAUGGAAAGCAACAAUGAACAACAAAACGCGCGUAAAAAGAUCAUCGUGACCACUCACUCUGCGGUCAGCUCGAAAUUAAAGCAGACAUUGUAUUUGCUUCUUGCGAGAGGGCGAAGAGGCGAGAUUCAUAGUGUUGGCACGGCAGUGGUGGGAGGUGGUGUGUUCGGCCUCAAACCCCAGGCGCGGUGUGUCCGUGUGUGGGCGCGUGAAGUGGUAGCGAGCAGUCGUCGAGCCGCGGGGAAAGGGGUCGUGUGGUAUUUUAUGAGAGUGGGUGCAGUGGUGUUGUGGGAGGUCGGUGGUCGGGGCGGGUUGUGGUUCCAGGGUUGUCUCUUUCACUAGCAGUUCCACGGUAAUCCGACCGCUUAUGCGUGAGGCCUGCGCUUGCCUGGAAGAUGACUCGCCAAGCGGAUAGGUGCCUUACUACCCGUCGGACUUAACGAUUGUGAGCC